ACAGACAAGUGUAGGUGACCUGAAUGCUGCUUUUAACCAAACGUGUGCUCCUCAGAGGUUCUUAUUCAAUAUUAAAUGCAUUCCAGCACAAAAAGAUGAGAAAGAAGCAUUUUAAGAAGGAGCUUGAUGACUUCUAGUGCAUUGUAAAUAUGGAUGAUUAUACAUGAGAUACAACAAGGCGUGGACAACAUAAUCAAAAAAAUAAUACAACCCGCCUUUCUGUAAGGCUCUCAGCAACCUCAAAACAUCUCUUCCUCUCUGACACAAACACACAGAGAGAGAAAGUUAUCGUGCUCAAGGAAUCAAGCUCAUUAAUACUGUAUACUUAAUCUAACAGAUUGAAAAACUGAAAUUAACUGAGCUCUAAUAUCUGCUGUAUGACUAAGAAGACAUCACCAUGAGUAAAUCAAGAGACAGCAGCCCCACAUUCUUCCUGGAGACGGAUGACCAGACACAGGAGCAAAGGGAAAAGGCCAAACAGACGAAGAAAGGUGUCUUAAAGGACAAGAGGCCCAUGGAUUCUAAUUACCUGGAUGAGACAGAUGACCCUGCACACAAAAUUAAAUUUAACCUACACUUUGACAGGGGGAUCAGAAAAGUGAAAGAGGAACCGUCUCAGCAGGACAGUGAGAGGUUUACCCUCAAGAGGUUGUUUGAUGCCGUGUCCAGUGGUGAUGUGUCUAAACUGCAGGGUUUACAUCAGUACCUGCACAAAAACAUGAAACGGCUCACUGACUCUCAAUAUAAGUCCAAUGGAAAGACAGCCCUGCUGAAAGCACUUUUAAAUUUAAGGGAAGGCGAGAAUGACACUAUUGAACAUCUGCUGGAAAUUGCAGAGAAACUUGGAGAUUUAAAACAUUUUGUCAAUGCUGCUUACACAGACAGUUUCUACAAAGGUCAGACAGCACUCCAUGUUGCGAUCGAACGGAGGAGUGCAAAAUUUGUACAGAUGCUGGUUAAGAAAGGGGCUGAUGUCCAUGCUAAAGCCUGUGGGAAAUUCUUUCAGCCCAAUCAAGAGACUUGUUUCUAUUUUGGUGAGCUGCCCUUGUCGCUGGCCGCUUGCACUAAUCAGCCAGACAUUGUGGACUUCCUUCUGAACAACCCUUACCAGGCGGUGGAUGUCAGGGAGAGGGAUUCUCAUGGAAACACAGUGCUUCAUGCAUUAGUAUCCAUAGCUGAUAACAGUCCUGAAAACACAGAGUUUGUCAUCUCCAUGUAUGACCACAUCUUAUUCAAAACUGACCAACUUCACCCCAAGAUCAAGCUGGAGGAAAUUGAAAAUAAUGAAGGACUCAACCCACUCACACUUGCUGCCAAAACUGGAAAACUGGGGCUGUUAAAGCACAUCGUGCAGCGGGAGUUUAAGGGGCGGCGACAUCUGUCACGGAAGAUCACGGAGUGGGCCUACGGUCCAGUGUGCUCGUCUCUGUAUGACCUCGCCUCUCUCGACACCUACGACAACAACUCCGCGCUGGAGAUUAUCGUUUAUGGCAGUGAGAUUCCUAAUCGCCUCGAGAUGCUCCAUAUUGAGCCCUUCAACCGACUAAUUGAAGAGAAGUGGCAGAGAUUUGCGAAACGGAUGUUCUUGUUCAACUUUAUUGUUUAUGUUAUCUACCUUUUCAUCUUCACUGCAGUAGCUUUUAACCGAGAAGCAGGGAAGGACAUAAACAACAGCCAACCCCCAUUUCAUUAUAGAAAUAAUAGGCAAGACUACUUGCUUCUGACAGGACAUGUCAUAAGUACCAUUGGAGCACUUUACUUCUUUAUUAGAGGGUUGAUAGAUUUGUUAAGAAAGCGUCCAGGAUUUCAGUCCCUGCUCAUAGAUGGAUACACUGAUCAGCUUUUUUUUCUGCAGGCUGUGCUCUUCCUGGUGUGUGCUCUUCUGUACUGCUUGGGUCAGGACCAAUAUGUGGCCUGGCUAGUUUUGUGUCUUGCCUUGAGCUGGGUAAAUCUACUCUACUUCUCUAGAGGGUCCAAAAAUAUGGGAAUCUACAGUGUCAUGAUACAAAAGAUGGUUCUUGGGGAAAUCCGUCGGUUCAUUGUUGUGUACAUGGUCUUCCUCAUUGGGUUCUCUACAGCCGUGGUAACUCUGCUUGAAGAGGAGUCAACCAAAGAAAAUCAAAGAACAAACAGUUCUGAAAAUCAAUGUAAUGAAGGACAGUCUAAUAAGAACGAAUUCAAGAGCAUCUACUUCACCACUCUGGAGUUGUUCAAGUUUACGAUUGGCAUGGGAGAUCUGGAGUUCACCGAUCAAUAUCAAUAUGCAGAGGUCUUCUAUGUGCUGCUGAUUCUGUAUAUAGUGAUGACUUACAUUUUGAUGCUGAACAUGCUGAUCGCUCUGAUGAAUCAAAGAGUGGAUGAAAUGUCCGUAGAGAGCGCCAACAUCUGGAAACUACAGCGUGCAAUCACCACCUUGGACAUGGAGUGGAUGCUUCCCCAAUGUCUGAAGAUAAAGUGGCGUUCUGGGCAAGAGAAGGAUCUAGGCGGGGGGCAGGAGCCGGAUCGACGCUGGUGCUUCAGUGUGGAGGAAGUCAACUGGAACCAAUGGAACAGAAACCUGGGUGUAAUUACCGAGGACCCUGGGAGACACCUGUCUGUACCUUCCCCAACUAAACUUCAGAAAGAUCCCAGCCAGCGUGGACUCAUGCAAACGUUCAGUAAACGUUGGACACAGACAGAACAACACAGAGAUGUCCAGGAGCUGAGUCCUCUAGCUGAGGCAUCUACCUCGGUGUGAUGCUUUUAUAAUCCAUAAUCUAUUUUGCAGUUUUGAAAUAUUAAAAUUUGUGUAUAAUUAUUUAUUUAAUACAUUAGCCCUUUAAAAGGGGGGCAUAAAGGUAGGCCUACCCAAGUAGCCCACCUAUUUUCCAAUAGUCAAAAAUAAUAUAAUUUAACGUCUCUUUAAGUCAUUCAAAUGUUUCUCCCAGGACUGUGUUUUUCGGCUUGUGAUCGAUGUGGCAUAACUGAGACCUACAGUAGGCCUACCUGUGACAAAUAUCACAGGAUGAUGUAAAGUCCAGACACGAUUAAUCCACUGUGCUUAACAUCAGUAUACUUACUGCCACUAUAAAUGAAUGUCCACAAUUUGAUCCAUAUUUUACUUUCCAGUAGCGCACCAUUCAUCAUGUCCUAUCAUGCUAAUCAUCAUGCUAAUAUUCUAAUCAUGAUAAUACUUCACUGCAGAGCAGAAAUUCUGUGACCCUCGAUUGUGAAUGUCCUGCUGUGCGCUCAUGUAAGAUUUACAUCCACACUAGAAUUUUUUUUUUUUUUUUUGAUAGAACAGAAUAUCAAGACAGUCAAUACACUUACUAUAGAACAUUUCUCACAUGCUAGGGGGAGAUAUAAACAUCACAGGAAUACAUUAAGGAGUGUACAAGCUUGCCAAGUGUAUUGCUUUUUGUUUCAUCGAGUGCAAUAUAGAUUCAAUAUGUGUUCUCAGAAACUACUGAAUGUUGUUUUACUCAACAGAGUUAAGCCAUGGUCCCACUAGAUUUUUCGUUCCAUUGACUUCCAUUCAUAUGCAUACACAGCUUUACUCUUAAUGGAUGUAUAAGCCUUGUAAUGUUGUUGUGAAGUAUUUAUAUUGUGAAGUGAAAUACAAAUAAAUUCUCUAUAAAAUUCAAUGGAUUAUGUAAAACUGUAAA